AUGACAGGCAGCAGCAGUAUCAGUAUUCUGGACCUCGACCAAGGCUACCCUGUUAUGGCAGUGGCUGCGGCUGAGACCGAGGCCUCCUCUCCACUUGCUUCCAACCCCACGGAUGCCGUCAUCUUCUUCGGCUUGUCUUUGGUGCUAGGGAUUGCCUCCAGGCAUGUGCUGCGGGGUACUAGAGUUCCGUACACGGUCGCACUCCUCAUCAUUGGGAUUGCCCUUGGAUCCCUAGAGUAUGGGACCAGUCAUAAAUUGGGAAAGAUCGGCGAUGGAAUUCGGAUUUGGGCAAGUAUUGAUCCCGACCUUCUGUUGGCCGUUUUUCUUCCUGCUCUGCUGUUCGAGAGUUCCUUCUCAAUGGAACUCCAUCAAAUUAAGAGGUGCAUGGCACAGAUGCUCAUACUUGCUGGUCCAGGAGUUCUGAUAUCGACAUUUUGCCUUGGAUCAGCUUUGAAGCUAAUUUUUCCGUAUCACUGGAGCUGGAAAACAUCAUUGUUGCUUGGGGGACUUUUGAGUGCCACAGACCCUGUUGCUGUUGUUGCUCUUUUGAAAGAGCUUGGUGCUAGCAAAAAACUUAGUACAAUUAUUGAGGGAGAAUCCUUGAUGAAUGAUGGUACGGCUAUUGUGGUCUAUCAGCUUUUUUUCCGGAUGGUCCUUGGGAACACCUAUGAUGGGGGUGCCAUAAUCAAAUUCUUAACACAAGUCUCACUUGGAGCUGUAGGUAUUGGUCUGGCUUUCGGAAUCGCCUCUGUUUUAUGGCUUGGGUUUAUUUUUAAUGACACAGUGAUAGAGAUUGCACUUACACUUGCUGUGAGCUAUGUUGCUUAUUUCACCGGGCAAGAGGGUGCUGAUGUCUCAGGGGUUCUGACUGUGAUGACACUAGGAAUGUUUUAUGCUGCAGUUGCUAAGACGGCUUUCAAGGGUGAUGGGCAAGAGAGCUUGCAUAAUUUUUGGGAAAUGAUUGCUUAUAUUGCAAAUACUUUAAUCUUCAUCUUGAGUGGUGUUGUUAUAGCUGAAGGUGUUCUGGGCAGUGACAGCAUUUUUCACAACCAUGGAAAUUCUUGGGGCUACCUUAUUCUUCUGUACAUUUUUGUCCAACUAUCCCGUUUCGUUGUUGUUGUGGUUUUGUUUCCCUUUCUACGGUGUUUUGGUUAUGGGUUGGAAUGGAAAGAGGCCACUAUUCUCAUAUGGUCAGGUUUGCGAGGAGCAGUUGCAUUGUCGCUUGCACUGUCUGUUAAGCGAACUAGCGAUAGCUCAACUUAUAUCAGUCCUGAGACUGGAAAGCUGUUUGUUUUCUUCACGGGAGGAAUUGUGUUUCUGACGCUAAUUGUAAAUGGAUCAACUACCCAAUUUGUUCUACAUCUUUUGGAUAUGGACAAGUUAUCAGCUACUAAGAAACGUAUAUUGGAGUAUACAAAAUAUGAAAUGUUGAAUAAAGCUCUAGAGGUUUUUGGCGAUCUUGGAGACGACGAAGAACUUGGACCAGUGGACUGGCCUACUGUUAAAAGAUACAUUAAAACCUUAAGCAGCUUGGACGGAGAAAGUGUACAUCCACAUGGGGCAUCUGAAACCAACACUGAUCUUGACCCAACAAAUCUGAAAGAUAUUCGAAUACGCCUUCUGAAUGGUGUUCAGUCGGCUUACUGGGUGAUGCUGGAAGAGGGAAGGAUAACACAGUCAACUGCCAAUAUCUUGAUGCAGUCUAUAGAUGAAGCGAUGGACUUGGCAGCUCAUGAGCCUUUAUGUGAUUGGAGGGGCUUAAGAUCAAAUGUGCAUUUCCCCAGCUACUACAAAUUUCUUCAGACAAGCUAUUGCCCUCCAAAAAUGGCUACUUUUUUCACUGUCGAGAGGCUGGAAUCUGCAUGCUAUAUAUGUGCUGCCUUUCUGCGUGCCCACAGAAUUGCUCGUCAGCAACUGCAUGACUUCAUAGGUGACAGUGAUAUUGCUUCUAUUGUCAUUAAUGAAAGUGAGGCUGAAGGAGAAGAUGCAAGAAAAUUCUUGGAGGACGUUCGUGUUACAUUUCCUCAGGUAUUACGUGUAGUGAAGACAAGACAAGUAACCUAUUCGGUGCUUAACCACUUGAUUCAUUAUGUUCAAAAUCUUGAGAAGUCUGGCUUAUUGGAGCAGAAAGAGAUGCUUCAUCUUCAUGAUUCUGUGCAGACCGACUUGAAAAGGCUGCUCAGGAAUCCUCCUCUUGUAAAGAUACCCAAAAUAAAUGAUUUGAUCAGUGUACAUCCUUUGUUGGGUGCUCUCCCACCUGCCAUCCGCGAACCACUUGCAGGCUCAAGCAAAGAAAUAAUGAAACUGCGAGGCGUUCCAAUUUACAAAGAAGGCUCCAAUCCUACCGGUGUCUGGUUUAUUUGUAAUGGCGUUGUCAAGUGGACAAGUAAGGGCAUGAGGAGCAGGUACUCGCUUCAUCCAACUUUCACCCAUGGUAGCACACUGGGCCUAUAUGAGGUUCUAGUAAGAAAGCCAUACAUAUGUAAUAUGGUAACUGACUCCGUGGUGCUUGGCUUUUUUGUUGAAAGUGAGAAAAUACUUUCAGCAUUAAGGUCCGACCCAGCAGUUGAAGCUUUCUUAUGGCAGGAAAGUGCUAUCGUUCUAGCUAAACUCUUGCUUCCACAAGUAUUUGAGAAAAUGACAAUGCAUGACUUGAGAGCUCUUAUUGUAGAACGGUCAGUGAUGACCACCUACAUCAGGGGUGAAACCAUAGAAAUACCUCCUCGCUCCAUUGGGUUUCUUUUGGAGGGGUUCAUAAAAUCGCACGGUGCCCAAGAAGAAUUGGUUACUUCACCUGCAGCUUUAUUUCCAGCACAAGGGAAUCAAAGCUCUCAAAAUGUACAUGGGAUGCAUGGAGGUCAAAGCUUCCAGAGAGGCUCCAUGUCAGGUAGAAACGCCUCUAGUUUUUCGCAUCAGGGGUUGUGGUAUCAGGUUGAGACAAGAGCAAGAGUAAUCAUAUUUGAUACUUCAAAAUUCGAAGCUGACGGUGGCCUGAAGAGGAGGACAUCCUCGUUGAUAUCAAUUGAUCAUGUCCAUAGACCCCUUAGCAAAGAGCACGGCGGCCUCAUGAGUUGGCCAGAAAGUUUGUACAAGCAGCAGAAGGAAAAGGUCCAAAGAGAGGGUCCGCCAGCGAGCAGCUUAUCAGCAAGAGCAAUGCAAUUGAGCACCUUUGGCAGCAUGGUGGAUGUGGGUGGGCGGGCUCCCACUUCUUGGAGUGCUGGAGCGAAAGGAUCACGUAGCAUGGGGAAAGCUGCAUCGUUCCAUGGAUAUCCGGUCAUCUCUAGUGAAGCUAGGCGAAGCGGGAUGGAUGAUGGUGUGGUGGAGAAGGCGUCGUCGAGGGAUGCAGGCGAAGGUGGUGUGACAAUGAAAGGAGGGCAGAGUGUGGAGGAGAGGAGUGACAGUGAGGAUGAGUCAGGGGCAGAGGACGAGGAUGUUAUCAUAAGGAUCGACUCGCUUAGUAGGCUGUCCUUCCGCCAGAAUUCGUAA